CUGUAUCACCAUGUGUGCCGACACAGAGUAAGGCCCACUGCUGGCCGUCAGCGGGCAGGCAGAGGAGAAGAGGAGGGGAGGAAAAGUGUGUUUACACAGACGGCAAACUGCCUGGGGAAUCGUCGGGGAGAGGAAGUGAGCCGGCUCUGUGUCUGCCUGCUCCAACUUCCUGCUCAGAAAGAGAAAAAGCCCAGGAUCCUAUUUCAGUCCAGCACAACCGUGUAGAGCAGAAAGUAAGCAUGGAAAAACAAGGAAUCACACAAGCUUCACCGUAAAAGUUUCGCGGAGAGGGAGAGAGAGAGAGACAGAGAGAGAGAGAGAGGAGAAGAAGGAAAAAAAAAAAAAAGACCGAGUGAGAGAUCGCAGGUAUGGACAGUGCCAUCACUCUGUGGCAGUUCCUGCUGCAGCUGCUGCUGGACCAAAGUCACAAGCACCUGAUAUGUUGGACGUCCACAGACGGAGAGUUCAAGCUCCUAAAGUCAGAGGAAGUGGCCAAGCUGUGGGGGCUGCGCAAGAACAAGACCAACAUGAACUACGACAAGCUGAGCAGAGCCCUGCGCUACUACUACGACAAGAACAUCAUCAAGAAGGUGAUUGGCCAGAAGUUUGUCUAUAAGUUUGUGUCCUUCCCUGAGAUCCUGAAGAUGGACCCCCAGGCGGUCGAGAUGGGCCUGGCUUCUGGAAGGUUUCCCCUCCAUGAAGGAGAAGCCUCUGAGCUGGAGGUAGAGGAGGAGGAGGAAGAGGAAGGGGAGGAGGAGGCCCAGAGGAGGACCCUGGCAGCCCUGGGGGCGCAGCAGUGUCGAAACGACUACCUCCGCUCUGGUCUCUACUCCUCCUUCAGCAUCAGCUCCCUGCAGAACCAGCCUGAGCUGCUCCGCGCUCUGCGGGAGCACCAGGAGGAGCCGCGCUCCGUCAUCCGCUUUGGCACCAACGCCAAUGAAAGGAGCUCCCCUCCUUCUGCUAAACCCGAGUCCUACGUCUCCCCCAGGUUAUCCAAACUCCACUCCCCGUCCUCUCCCCACCACACCCAAACCCCCCAGCCCGGCCGAAGCUGGAGCCCCGCGGCCGAGGAGGAGGAGGACUCUGAGCAGAGCGCUCAGCCCCUCAACCUCUCCUCUGGGCACAGGGAGCGAGCCCUGCAGCAUCCUGAGAAGAGGAGCAGCAGCAGCAGUAGCGGUAGAAGUAGCUCUACUAGUAGUAUUAGUAACCAAGGAGAUGGACUCCCACCUAAAAGCAAAAAGCCCAAAGCUCUGGAGAUCUCCGCCCCGUCCCUGCUGCUCGCAGGGAGUGACAUCGGCUCCAUCGCCCUCAACAGUCCGGCACUGCCGUCUGGCUCCCUCACUCCUGCCUUCUUCACUGCACAGACUCCCUCUGGUUUGCUGCUGGCUCACAGUCCGCUGUUGUCAGGCAUCCACUUCUGGAGCAGUUUGAGCCCAGUCGCCCCGCUCAGCCCCGCCCGGCUGCAGGGCCACAGCUCCCUCUUCCAGUUCCCCAGCCUAAUCAACGGACACAUGCCUGUCCCCCUGCCAAACCUGGAAGGAACACCCUCCUCUCUGCUCCUGUCCCCCACCACCCACAAAUCCUGAUCCAGGGUCUGUGAAAAUGCAUCAUCCAUCUCUUAUUGAAAGCUUCUCAUCAUCAUCGUCGUCUUGUUACAUUUUGCUUCAGAAAUGUCCUAAGAGACAGUAUGUGACCUCACUAUUUUGCACUUGCGUUGCUUCAGAUUCCAGUGGUUGAAAGCACUUGGUAAAAGCCAUUCGCCACGAUGUCUGUGAGACGUCUGGCUCUUUGUGAUAAAGUACAGCACAUUUCCACAUGACCCUGUCCACAAUGGACGGCAGUGACAUGUAGCUAGCUGCAAAAGACUAGCCAGCCGCUCAUUCUGUGCAGAGAGCUUGGUUGUUUUAAUCUUGUUUUAAAAAAAACAAAACAAAAAAAAACGUUUCUCCUUUUUUUUAAAUGUUCAUCACAAUUUGAAACCAGUUGUUUCCAGUUGUGGUAUUGUAUGUAUUGUAUGCACUAUGCUUCUCAGAUAGUACCGGCUGUGCCUUGUUGCUCUUUUUUUUUUCUCAAAUCUUUUUAAUGAAGACGAGAUUUCAAAUCAAUGAAAAACCUUUGUAACACUUAAUGUUCUUUUUUUUUAUACUGGACUUGGUAUACAGUUUGUAUUCUGUAUAAUUUUGUAUUGUGAAGAAUGUCUUGUCAUUUUCAAUAAACAAAGCAUUGAAUGCUUUAACAUGG